AGAACUUGUAGCUUUGUACUUUCGGGGCCUACUUUCCUCCUUGUGCCCAUAACGUAACCCAGCGAGGACUUCAAGCUCCGAACAUCGCGCGCUCGAGACAUGGUGGAGUCCCCGCGACCUGCUCUGUCCUUUGUUCAAAUGAUGACGGCUCCUCUUGGUCCCAACCAAAAUAGAGAAACAGGCAGUGAGGCUAAUGGGCAGCCCGAGUCGCCCGUGCCGCCAUCUAAUGGCAGCCGACCGUUUUCACCAGUUUUACUCAGCGAACCUUACUCGGGGCUGGAAGCCGAAACCAGUAAUAAAGAGUUGGAAAAGCCUCUCGCUGAGCAAGAACCCACAAAGCAACUGCCAAGCAUUCAUUCCGUUCAUCCCGGGCCGCAUCGUCUUCCUCCUGUACCACAAAGUCACUACUUUUCUCCAACCCCUAGUUUUGGCUCCCUACCAGCACUUCUCCCACCUCCAGCAGGAUCGCAACAACACUAUCCAGCACCACAAUACCAGCGACAAGCUUUUGAGCGAUCGCCUUUUCCCAUCUCUGCGUAUCCCGGAUAUGGACCGGCCUACCUUCCUUCAUUUUCCCCGCAGUAUGCUCCGUCUACAGCCAAGGCUGAACAGUCGUCAGAGCAGCAAGAGAAUGGCAUGAGGCAAUCAGAUAGACAACUACAUCCAGCACCAGCCUCUGUGUCGGGACAGACCCUUGCGACGCCACCGCUCGAAGCUCAGGCGCAAGAACGACGAGAUCACGACGAUCCCCUCGGACCAACACCACAUACUAAUUCAUGGGAUCGAUUAUCUGAACACCCGCCUUACCUUGCUCCUCAAUCAGCACACUAUUCCACUCGCCCCGAAUUUGCAGCAUCCGGAAAUCCAACCUAUGUUUAUCCGCCUACCGUGGAUCCCCGGUCAACACCAUAUGCAUCACCCAUGUUCUUGUCCGCUCAAGAACGCUCGUCACCCGCCAUCGCCGCCCCAGCUGCCGAAAGUACCUCUGGCACGGCGGUACCUGCAUACCUAUACCCCCCUUUUCCAGCGUCAUCCACAGAAACCCGUUACUACACAGCGCAGGACUUUAAGAAUGCCAUCAUUAGUCGAACCUUUGAUAAGAAAGAAGUCGCUCUGGAUUUUAUCAAAGAAGAGGCGCAAAAGUUUGGUUUUUCCGUAUUGGUACGAACAAGUAAGCCCGAUUACGUGGUCGUGAUAUGCAAUUGCGGCAGGAGAUUGAAGAAAUUGCAAACCGAGAGGAAGAGAAAUCGGCGCUUUAAGACGGCAAUGACCGGUUGUGAAUGGCGUAUUGUUCUGUUCCGAAACCGGAAUAUAGGGGGAGGUUAUGAAUUUCGGGCAACACCAAAGAUGGAGCACAAUCAUCCUCUGCCGGUGAUACCGCCCUCUUCAGUUUGAAAUGCCUUUGAUAGAGUGGACAUAGCAUAGUCUCUUGCUUUUUCUUAUCGAUUGUUGGCGUUAUUCAGACCUAUUUUUCUUUUUCUGUAUAUCCUUUGCGUCAAGUAUGGUUUCAUUCAUAUACAAUAGAGUUUAGUCGACAAGUUUGAUAAAGUCAACCGAGUUAGCUUUCUAUGAGAUAUAUUUAGUUAUUUUCC